CCGUAUGUCUGCAGUACGUCUUCAAGUGUCAGAGAUUCAGUGAGCCAUUGUGUUGUCAUCACACAUGUCUGCCAGCAUAAGCCUCCCCUUGAAGUCACAAAGAUCUAGAGUGAUGGAGCAUGGGAACGCGUAGUAGCAGCAGUGCAGGAGGUGGGGGAGCUCCUGGAGAUUCUCCUGAAGGUUCCAGAAGCAGUUUAGGGUCUCAAGGACCACAGGACGAUGAUGAGGAGGAGAACGUUGACCUGGCGCAGGUACUGGCGUAUCUUCUGCGCAGAGGGCAAGUGCGCCUUGUACAGGGUGGGAGCCCUGCCAGUUUACACCUGGUCCAGUCUCUGUCCGAUUCUGACGAUGACAACGACAGUGCUUGGGAGGGCUGUCUGGGGGACCGCUACAGCCCCCCUGUUGAUCCAACACCAGACACUGCUGUUCUAGAUCAGAACCAGAUCAGAACUCAGGUUCUGCUAGCAUCAGGGAGACUUGGAACACAGAAUGAGCAGAGCAUAACGCGCUUGCUUCUAGAGAGGGAGAGAGGAAGAUGUAGAUUUUCCCCUGGUGAACGAUCCCGGGUAACAUCUAACUUCCUACCAAACCAUGUGUGUGCCACAGACUCGUACUCCCAGAAGGCUUUUUGUGGCGUGUACUCCCCUGACGGAACAAUCUUUAUGUCAGCCUGCCAGGAUCAAAAUAUACGUCUGUAUGAUUGUCGUCAUGGUUCCUUUAAGAAGUUCAGGACAGUGAAGGCUCGCGACGUUGGUUGGAGUGUUCUGGAUUUGGCAUUUACCCCAGAUGGUGGACAUUUCCUUUACUCAAGCUGGUCUGACUACAUUCAUGUCUGUAACAUAAAUGGUGAAUCAGAGAUGCACACAGCGCUGGAUCUCAGCCCAUCAGAACGACGAUUUGCUGUUUUCUCCUUAACUGUCUCCUCUGACGGAAGGGAAGUUCUUGGCGGAGCUAAUGACGGGUGUGUGUAUGUGUACGACCGGGAGCAGAAUCUCAGAACGCUCAAGAUUGUCUCACAUGAGGAUGAUGUGAAUGCGGUGUCAUUUGCUGAUGAUAGCUGUCAUAUCCUGUACUCGGGUGGUGAUGAUGCUCUGUGUAAAGUGUGGGAUCGUCGCACUAUGCGUGAGGAUUCCCCACGACCAGUGGGAGUGUUAGCCGGGCAUCAGGAUGGGAUCACAUUCAUACACAGCAAGGGGGAUGCUCGCUAUCUGCUGUCUAAUUCAAAGGAUCAGUGUAUCAAACUUUGGGAUAUCAGGCGAUUCUCAGGGCCUGAGGCUCUGGAGGCUUCUCGCAGAGUGGUUACCCAACAAAACUGGGACUACCGCUGGCAGCAGGUGCCCAAGAGAGCUCUCAGGAAGAAACGCCUUGCUGGUGACACUUCCCUAAUGACAUAUCGUGGUCACGGAGUCUUACAUACUUUGAUCCGAUGUCGCUUCUCUCCUGCGUACAGCACUGGUCAACAGUAUGUGUAUAGUGGCUGUUCAACUGGCAGAGUCGUAAUUUAUGACUUAUUAACUGGCCAGAUAGUAAAGAAGCUUUCCAAUCACAAAGCCUGCGUGAGAGAUGUGAGCUGGCAUCCAUGUGACAACAAGCUUGUGAGCAGCUCUUGGGAUGGAAGUCUGUUCGUCUGGGAACACCGCCAGGCUGAGUUUUAUCCUGAGGAUCUGCGCACUCCCCCUAUGGAAUCUGAGGGUAGCCCAGCCAGCUGCUCCUCCUCCUGGUAGCCUGAAGUAAUGACCACUUAAAAAUGAUUAUGUCAGGGAAACGUAGAUAGAUUAUUUUUUUUUGCGGUGGGGUGGAGUCUGCAUAUAAUAUGUAUAUUCAUGUGUAGACUGCAUAUAACUUGUACAUUUUUGUUGGAGGAGAUAUGUGCAAUGUGAUGUAUAUGUUUGAAGGGUUUUGCUUAUAUUUGUAGAAUAAAGAAGGCUGUGUGGGUGGAAAAACGUAGCUUAAUAAUUGUUAAUACAGGUGACACACAGCUCUUUGGAGAUAUUAUUAAAUUGUGUUCCAAAGAGUGCUCUGUAAUUCUGACCUUUACUCAAGUCACUAUAAUAAAAAUGUUCCAAAUCUUC